AUGUUGCUUUACACCAAGGAGCUGGUGGCGCCGCGAGCCAAGCUUAGGCAGGGUCUGCAACGCUUCAAGGCGCAGCCAGAGCGGCAGAAGUAUAAGCUGCUGUUUAGCAGCACUUUUGAUCAUUCCACUAUACAUGGAGUGCAUAAUGCCUUUGUGGAGCAAUAUUUGUGGGUGCGUCUGUUUUGGCUGCUGGUGGUGCUGCUGGCCACAGUGGGUUUUCUGAUUAUGUUUGCCAUGCUGGAUCAUCAUCACAACGAGCAGCUAUUGGUCAGCGUGGUAGAGACCACACAGUUGCCCAUUUACAGCGUCGACUUUCCUGCUAUUGCCAUAUGCCCCUGGAAUCAUGUGAACUGGAUGCGUGCGCCAACAGCAGCGCAACGCUUUCUACCCAAAGAUGCUACGCCAGAGCUGCAUGAAGUGUUUCGUCAGCUGCUCAUCAGCAUGGAGCAUCAAUUAUUUGGCAGAUUUGAUGGCUUGGGCGAUUUAAUUAAGUACAACUUGACAGGUCUGGAGCAGCUGAGUCUGAGCAAGCUGACCAACUAUAUGGCCUAUCGCUGCGAUGAGCUGUUCAUGCCCGGCUCUUGUGUCUUUGAUGAAACCUCCUAUGAUUGCUGUCAGCUAUUUCUGUAUGAGCAAACCGAGUGGGGAACGUGCAUGGUGUUCAACUCGCUCAUAUCCGAGGACUCACGCAAAAAGCAGCUCAUCAAUCAAUUCUAUCCGCAUAAGCUAAGCACUGCGGGUGAGGAUUCGGGCUUGGAAUUUACGCUGCGCCUGAAUCAAUCAUUUAUGCGUCCCGGCAACAGGUUGAAUUUCUCCGUGGGUCUGAUGAUCAAGCAGCCAAAGCAAUGGACUAUCUCGACGGUAUAUGCUUUGUAUGAGAAUACUGAGACCUUUAUAGCCGUUGAUCCGCUUGUGAUGGAGGUCACACCCAACACACAUGAGUUGCAUCCAUCGCAGCGUCGCUGCUAUCUGGAACAUGAGCAUCAGCUUUAUUUUCCUGCCAAAGCGCUGCUCUAUAGCCGUCAGAAUUGCAUUGCCACCUGUCGUCAAUGGAAUGUGCUGCAGCACUGCAAAUGCAUCAUGCCACAGUAUCUGCCAGUCAUAGACGGAGCACGUGAAUGCAGCGUCUUGGAUUUGGAUUGCAUUUAUCGCAAUGCUGGCAUCUUCAGCCUUGUCAAGAUGGAGGGACAAGAUAAAUACAUUAACGACUCUCUACGUGGCAUGGAAUGCAAGUGUAUAAACAGCUGCAACACGCAACAAUAUUAUAUACUCAUGAAUGUGCGCGAAAUUAAGCAGUAACUACAGAAACGCAUCAAAACAAGGAUCUACUUUGGUCAGCGCGUCAUGACCAAAAUCCAAACAAAACGCAAGUACACCUAUCACGAUUGGAUGGCCAGUUUUGGUGGCAUCUUGGGACUUUAUAUAGGCGCCUCGGCAUUGAGCUUUGGUGAGCUGGCAAGUGUGCUCAUCAAGCUGCUGUGGAUGUUGCUGAGACAAGGUUAUGCUAAAAUCAAACCAAACUAA